AGUUUGAAGACGAGCGUUGAGUGUGUCACUUACUCAGUUUAAUAAAUUCUAUCGAAACAUGAACAGUUAAAAUGUGGAUAGUAAUAUUAAUAUUGAGUGUCACGUCAUGUCACGCUGCAACCGAGUUUAGUUCGCGACCAACAAACGUCAGUCUUCUCCUCACACACUUCACCUACAAAGAGCUGAACCGACCGACAUUCCUAGGAACGUUUGGAGUAUGGAGCUUGAUGGCGGGCCUUUCGUUCGGUGCUCACGGUGACACAUAUAAGCAAAUAUUUAGAGGCUGUCUUUUAUUGACGGAUAUGAAAAAAUUUAACACACAGUAUAAAAACUUAACAGAAAUACUAUUCGACGGUGAUCUGACCGGAGUGCGUGUGUCGAAUAAAAAUUAUUUCUUAUUAGAUUUAGAUGCAAACACUUUAGUGUUGCGAGAUUUCAAAUCCAUGUUGGUAAACUAUUACGAUACUAGAGUUUAUACAUUGGAUUUUCAAGAUCGAAACACAGCAUCUAUAAUAAAUGAGAAAAUCAAGGAAUUUUCCCCGCCCGUCACGAAUAUUUUUAAUGCAAAUGAUUUUAAAGAAACAGCGAUUAUAAUGUGCAAUGUUUUGUUUUUCCAAGGCAAUUGGUCAUUUCCUUUUAAUAGCUCGAACACAAGAAAGGAAGAAUUGAGUACGUCUCAGGGUGAUAUCGGCUCGGUGAACAUGAUGUACUUGCAGGCCAAAGUACCCUAUAGCCACAUAGAAGCCAUGAAGGCAUCUGCGAUGGAACUGCCAUUUGGAAAUGAUGGAAAAUACUGUAUGCUACUAUUAUUUCCUGAUCCUAAUGUAAGUACAAUCGAAGUGUUCAGAAACUUUGAAAAACUCACAUUUAGGGAAAUAUUUGCUAAGCUACAGAGCGACGUAGAGGAAUCUGGCCUAAAAGAAGUUGAAGUGAAGCUACCACGUUUUGUAAAAAUUUCUAACCUUCAAUUGCAAAAACCACUAAACGAUAUGGGAAUCUACGAUGCAUUUGAUCCCACUUAUGCUAGAUUCGGUAAAAUGUCGAGAGAACCGAUUUAUAUUGAAACAAUUGAACACAAUGCUGUGAUUAUAGUUACGGAGACUGGAACUGUGGCGUACGCAACCACGCCGGGUUUCAACAGUGGAAGUUCUAGUCUAAGGGAAACUAAUAUUUUACCACCACUUAUUUUAUUCAUAAUGGAAAAGUCCACAGCAACUGUACUUUUUUCUGGGAUUUUUUAGCAGUUUUUCUAAUCUAAAUUAUAACAGUAAAAAAGUACACAGUCAUGUCAGAAGGGAAACUUCUUUGGCAAACUAAUUUUUAAGUCUCGUUUAUAUUUAUAUAAAUCUAAAACUGUAGAUUUCCGUUUCAGCGCCAUCAAAAAAAAAAACGUUGCCGUUUCAUCCAAAAAAAUUUACUCGCAUGCGCCUUAAGAAGUUUCACUGCAAAAAUUACAAAAUAAAAUAAAUUUGGUUUAAAAUUUCAAAUAAGCUAAUAUAUGUAUUGCCCGUAA